UGAGACCCUGGAAGAAGGGGCGAGGGAGCUCGGCGAGUUAGGCCGGGGGCCGACGAGGUGGGCUGACCCAGUGAGCGACUAUCAGGAAGUUGGAGAGAUGCUCGAGUGUCAGUUAUUCUGAACAAGGAGAAGACCAAGAUGAAGAUGUUGCUGCUUUUGGUCCUGCUGUCAAUCAUCUCUGCUGAAGAUUUUCCUCCUCCGGUCAUUCACCUGAAUUCCGACACGCUCCAGAACCGAUCAGAUGUGGUUUUGACCGCCGGCUCCGCCUUCAUCCUCAGUUGUCAUGGCAAUACAUCGUUGCAGUGGUCAAGCACGGCGUUCUUUUCUGCGUCCAAGGUGCGCCCCGGCGUACUGGAGGUCGAGAGCGCCAAACCUAGGCACACGGGAACAUACCGGUGCACGUACACCAACAGCAGUCUGGAACACCUACACACCUCGGUGCACCUGUACGUCAAAGACACGUCGGACCCGACUAGUGUCUUUGUCACGCCUUACUCUACCCCCAGCGUCUGGCAGGGGGACGAUUUCCUGUUCCGGUGCCUGCUGACCGACCCGUCCGUUACCAACCUAACCCUCGUAUCGGUGGGAAACCAGGCCACAGGGGCAGGGCAGGGCCUUCCCCAGGGCAUGAAUGUCAGCGUGGAUCCUCACCAAGGAGUCGUCAUACACAAAGUGGACAGGAAGUUCAACGGACGCUACGUCUGCACCGGUUGGAAAAACAAGACACGUGUCACGUCCAACACGCUACACCUCAUCGUCAUGCCACGGCAGCGUCGUCCCCCUCAGGUUUCCGUGGAUCAGACUGAUUUUUUCCGCGUGGUCGGAGAACCUUUUGCAGUGACGUGCAUGACCAGUAACCCCUCCCUGAUCUACAAAGUCUCCUGGAUGCACCCUGACGUAGAGGCACCAAAUGUGACGCAGACCAUUCGCCAUACCAGCAGCCGAACUUACAUGAACAGCACGCUGAUCGUCGGCGCUGUCAGCGAGCAGCACGGCGGGCAGUACACGUGUACGGCGCGCAACGAGGCCGGCGACGCCGCGGCGACAAUCCGGCUACGCGUCUUAGAUGCUCCCUUUCUGACUGCUCGCCUCCGGCGCCGCACUCGCACUCGAAACGGCACUGACGUGAGCACAAGCGGCACGGAGCCCUUCGGACGUCCGCUUGCUAACGCUAGCGACAAGUCGGUGAUGGACAAAUGGGAAGUGCUAGCUAACGUUAGCGUGGACGCGACGAAGGGUGACCCGGUUAGCGACAGCGGCAGCACGGUGGACGUGCUCGAGGGUGGCGACGUUACGUUGACUGUCGCCAUGGAAGCGUAUCCACCAAUCAAGAGCCUGGAGUGGACCGUGCCGUCAUCCGAGAACGACAGCGCGGCGCGCGCGCAGAGCUACACGGCUAAUGGUUACAGGUCGCAAGCGAGCCUGUUGCUGCGUCACGUGCGCGACGAGGAGAAAGGCCGCUACGCCCUCCGCUACGCUAAUGCCGUCUUCCGUGGCUCCUUCAACUUUGACCUGCGAGUUCUGCGCGCUCCGACCGGUGUCAUCACGGUGGAGAACGACACCCUGACGUGCAGCGGCUCGGGUUUCCCGCCGCCCACCCUCUGGUGGUCGCAGUGCAGCGGCCUCGUCAACACGUGCGGCGACGCCUCGGCCGAUCGGCUCGAUGGGACCGCCCGGGAGGGGGAGGGGCUGAAGAAACACCUGGCCCUUCCGCGGGCCUCGGCCGAUGACAUCACCAUCGAGUGCGUGUCCGUCAACAGCGUGGGACGCUCGCAGGAUGUCUUCUUCCUUCGUGAGGGCUUCAGAAUCAAACAAUUUCCGUUCGACGUGUUCACAGGCGUUGGUUCAAAUGAUGUUCUUGUUUUUUCAGGUUCCGCUGGUGGAAGCGUGCUGACGGCGCCGCUGGCGGCUGCCUCGGCGGGGGUGGUCUUCCUGCUCCUGCUCAUCGUCUUCCUCAUCUUCAGGAUCAAGCGGCGACCAAAGUAUGAAAUCCGUUGGAAGAUCGUGGAGAGUUGCCACGGAAACAAUUACACCUUCGUGGACCCCAGCCUCCUGCCUUACAACAACCUCAAGUGGGAGUUUCCCCGAGACAAGCUGCGCCUCGGUGGCGUUUUGGGAUCCGGCGCUUUCGGGAAGGUCGUGGAGGCCACGGCCUACGGUCUCGGCAGCCAGGACGAGACCCGCGUCGCUGUCAAAAUGCUGAAACCGAGCGCUCACUCGGAGGAGCGAGAGGCGCUGAUGUGCGAGCUGAAGAUCCUCAGCCAUCUCGGUUACCACGACAACAUCGUCAACCUGCUGGGGGCCUGCACCCGAGGAGGGCCCGUGCUGAUGAUCACCGAGUACUGUUUCCACGGCGACCUGCUCAACUUCCUGCGCGAGCACGCCCACCGCUGGGUGGCGGCCAUGUUGGAGCCGGAGCACGACGCCAAGUAUUCCAACGUCAGGAUCAGGAGUGACAGCGGGAUCUCGUGUUGUUCCGAAUAUCAAGAAAUGCAACCGAUGCUUUCACAUGCAGGUACACAGCGGAGUGCCCGUUUGCUCGUGAGCGACCUGAUGAGGUUUUCGUACCAGGUGGCUCAGGGUUUGGACUUUUUGUCGACACGAAACUGUAUCCACAGAGACGUGGCGGCGAGGAACGUGUUGCUGACCGACCGCCACGUUGCCAAGAUCUGCGACUUUGGCUUGGCGAGGGACAUCCGCAACGACGACAACUACAUCGUACAAGGAAAUGCGCGUCUGCCGGUGAAGUGGAUGUCCCCCGAGAGCAUCUUCCAGUGCUUGUACACGGUGCAGAGCGACGUUUGGUCCUACGGCGUCUUGCUGUGGGAAAUCUUCUCCCUCGGAAAGAGCCCUUACCCCAACGUGGCGGUGGACACCAAAUUCUACAAGAUGAUCAAAGACGGCCACCACAUGGAGCGGCCCGACUUUGCGCCGCCGCAAAUGUACCAGCUGAUGACGUCGUGUUGGCGCCUGGAGCCGACGGACAGGCCCACGUUCAGGACGAUCGCCCGGCUGAUGGAAAGGCUCCUCUCGUCGGCCGACAAGGCGACUCCCGGCGAGCAGCCGACGUACAAAAACAUCGACGAGCGCGAAGAAGACCAAGCCAGCGAGGAAGAGGAGGGCAUGGGCGAAGACUCGCUGAAGGAGGAGGAGCAAGGUGGCGGCGAGGAAGACGAGGACUCAAUAAAGAUGAGCAAAAACAUCUACCAGCUUUCCUGAUGCUCUCCUCCAAUCGGCUUUGACUUUCUUUCGUCGUUGUCAGUUGAUCUCCCACACCGUCUCCCACCAUCCGUUCAUUUUCUUAGCCGCAUAUCCUCACGAGGGAGUUCUGGAGCCUGCCCCACUCUAAAUUGGCCCUCGGCGUGAGUGCCGCUGUCGUCUGUCUCCUUGGGUAAGCUCCAGCACUCCCCGCGACCCUUGUGAGGAUAAGCGGCUAAGAAAAUGGAUGGAUGGAUGUUUUUACAGCAUACCCGCAGGUUCCAUUUUAGAGUUGCCCUUUUGGUGUAGUACCACCUUCUGCCACAACAUGCCGAGAGCACUGCAGUGCACUGUACUCAAUGCAAAUGGGUUGUCAUUAAGAGCAAGAAGAAGAGGAAGGGAAGGCCCCCUACUAAGCAGAGCAAAUAUAUACACUACUUGUGAGCAUUGCCGUAAGCUCUUCUUGUAUGUGUCGGUGCUCUGUGUUAAAGGAGAAGUCACUUAAAAGGUUUAGAACAACCACAAAAUCGAUCCUAAUUUCUGUCGGCCAGCCUUUGGCGUUUUGCAUUACGUUUUAGCAUUAAGAUAGCAUCAUUGUACACAGUUUGCUGUUUAAAGAUACGUUUGCUUCCCUUAUGUAUCCCGUAUUAUAUGAUUUCGGUUCACAAUAGAACAAAAAUCGCGGGAGUCGAUCCACGUGAUUUGGAUUCGCGGGCCACAUAAAAAUCACGUGGCGGGCCGCAUCUGGCCCCCCGGGCCUUGUGUUUGACACCUGCGGUUUAAAGUGUGUGUGGAUGGAGAAAAAUUUUUUUGUUUGUUUGUUUGUUUAUGGUCACUCAAUAUGUCCCCGCCCCUCCAAUAAACGGGUUCACUCCACUCUAUCAUAUUAUAUUAUACAUGAAAUAUGAUGCAGCCAUAUCAAAAGUCUUUCGGACGGAAUUGGACGUUUAUGAGUCGACACGUGUUUGCUCACGUUGUCCUCUUGUACUUUUCCACCACAUUAAUAACAAUAACGCAGAAAUCGUCUGACACUUUUACUGCCGCCGGGACUUUUUCACGUGCGCUCGCAGGGAGGGGGGGAAACAUUUGCGUGUGAUUAGCAUGAUGUGCUCGUUAUCAAUGUUUGCUGCUCGAUUAUAAAAAGGCCGGAAAACGUUUUCAAACGCUCAAAACGUUUGGACGGGAAAAGAGCUCAAGGUAAUCAUUUCAUAAUUUGUGUGUUUAUUCCUCCGUUUAUUCAUUCGCUCAUUUACUGUGCAUGUUCAUUUGUUCAUAUUUGUGCUUCACUUGCACUUGACAAAUGUACUCAUUCGCUUUGUUCUAUAUUCAUAUUUUGGAAACAUUGGUUAUAAUUUCACCUUACGUAGUUUACUAUUGAAGUGACUUUAUGGAAGUAAUAUAACGAAUUAUGUUUGUUUGUACUUUGGUGACUUUUCUUAAUUUAGAACGAAAGCGCCGACGGCCCUCGGAUAUUCUUUGGGGGGGGAAAUGAAUUCAAACCACGGAUUAUUAUUAUUAUUUACACAAAUACUGAUGAUUUCACAAUGAAAUACAAAUACAUGAUGAGAAGUUGUUUGCAUUAUAUUUGCACAAUGUGGAAAGCAUGAUACCCUGUUGACCUUAUGACAAAUAUUCACAAUUUUGCUUCAUUUGAAAACCCGAUAAGUGAAUGUUCCAUUUUUUAAAAUAAAAAAAUAUUAAAGUCUUUGGUGUCGAAGU